AUGACAGCGACGAGGACAGCAUCUCCAGCAGAGAGGGAUCUCACCGUGCACGAGAGGAGCCUCGCGGAUAACUGCUUUGACGAAGGACAGUACGAAGCGGCGAUAGCUGCGCUAGACGAGAUCCGCUCUCGCAAAAGCAAACCAUACGAUGCUCACAUACGUCAACUGCUCUACAUCGCUUUGUACCCUGAACCUUCCCUCGAAGAUCAGAUAGAGGAGGAGGCUAUGAAGCUCGAACCGGGAAGCCCCAGCAAAACCCUGUCGCGACGGCACAAGUCUUCCCUUGCCCCAUCACCCAAGGUCACGGCCGCCGCUCAGGAUCUCCUCAUGAAGUUCGCGCGAACGAACACUCCCGGUUCCCUUGCAUGCGCUCUUCCGGCCUAUCCUGAUAAUGCCGACGCGCCGGCGGGCAAUGGUGCUGGCUUGGAAGAUUCGCACAUCGCGCGAGAGGCGCUGCGUGUCCGGAACGCUCGAUGCUGCUGGGAGAUCAUCAGAGAAGGCUUCAUUCAGCGUGGCAACGGUGACGUUAUGGCGAGCCCUCGCAAGACAAAAGGCCGCCGGUCGACAAGGAUGCAAGACGAGGAUGACGAAGUAGGGGAAUGGGAGAACGGCGCGGCGCCUGCGCCCGUCAGCGACCAUGCCUGGAGCGUCCUCGACUGGAUUCUGACGCUCUUUGAGAGCGACGAGGCUGCGACGAAACUUCACUAUUCGCGUCUCCUCCUGAGGCAAAUACCCCCUUCGCGCCCGGAAACGGCGCCGCGCUGGGAUAUGCGGAUGCCACUUGACGUCGUGUUUCAUGCGCUGGAACAAGAACACGAGGCACAGCGGUCUCUCGGUAUCCGCCUGCUCACCUUGCUCAUCAACCUGACGUCAACACCUUUCGUCGACUUUCCCAUGUUCCUGAAUGCUGUCUCCGCCCGCGUCUCAUCGCUCCCUAUCGACGCGCUCUCUUACCUCUUCGCGGCUCUUCCUCUCACGCACACCAUCGCGCGAUUCAAGAUCAUGCUAUGCAGACAUGCCUUGGGAGGGAACCAGGCCGCCAGCAGCUCGAAGCCUAAACCCCAGGCGCGUGCCCAUGAACCUUCGCCCACAUCUGCGCCCCCGCGGGACGGUGCAGGCUCAGGAGGAGGAGUCACCGGUGGAUCCUCGGGCACAAGCAAGUACCCGUCCGUCUCCGUGUCCGACCUCCUGGCCUUGCUCGGGCGUCCCAGCAAGGAUCCGGCGUCCGUGCUGCAGACGAUCUGCUUCAAGAGCGAGCUCGUCGUCAAUUUCGGGCUCCUGCAGCUGGAAUCGGAGGAUGCGAAUGACAGGGACGCGGGAUGGCGGGACGCGCUGCAGGACGGCUCCCUGAGGCGCACGGUCGAGGACGUGUUCGAAAUAGGGCGUCAGGCCACGCCCACGGAUACGCAUAGCAAGGAACUCAUCCGGACGAAGAGGGACGCCAUACUCGCGAUCAUGUCGACAUGGUGA